CACGAUUUGCAGACGCCAGAAGUCGUGUCUCUCCAGAAGUAUAGAUAUAUGCUCGGAUGCCAAACGAAGGUCCAGCACGGCUCACUCAUCGAGAUUCCACUCCAGACAGUUUUCGUUAUGCUGGUGGUCUUUAAUGCAACCGCUUUGACCGCACACAAACUCACCCACCCUGUAUUGCUAAAGCAAUGUUCUGGGACUCUCUUCGUAAAAGUUGAGUCGGACUGGCGCGAAGGGGGCCACGAGUAUGAACUGCUAACCCCUUACCGCUCCUGUCGGAUUAUUAGAUACGAGAUUAUACUGUACAUCCAGGAUACUUGCGAGGUUUUCUAACUUAUUAUCUAAGCCUAAGGCUAGGGCUGGAUUUUAGGCAGUAAGUAGUCAAAAUACUCGAGUACCAGAAUACCAAAACCUUGAAAUUCAAAGCUACAAAUCGUAU